UAUUGAGUUCGACCGAGACUGUGACUACUUUGCCAUCGCUGGGGUGACAAAGAAGAUUAAAGUCUAUGAGUAUGGUACAGUCAUUCAGGACGCAGUGGAUAUUCACUACCCUGAGAAUGAAAUGACCUGUAAUUCCAAAAUCAGCUGUAUCAGCUGGAGUAGUUACCACAAGAACCUGCUAGCCAGCAGUGACUAUGAAGGCACCGUCAUCCUUUGGGAUGGAUUCACAGGACAGAGAUCCAAGGUCUACCAGGAGCAUGAGAAGAGGUGCUGGAGUGUUGACUUUAACUUGAUGGACCCAAAGCUAUUGGCUUCAGGCUCUGAUGAUGCCAAAGUGAAGCUGUGGUCUACCAACUUGGACAACUCAGUAGCAAGCAUCGAGGCCAAGGCUAACGUGUGUUGUGUCAAAUUCAGCCCCUCUUCUAGGUAUCACCUAGCUUUUGGCUGUGCAGAUCACUGUGUUCACUACUACGAUCUUCGCAACACUAAGCAGCCGAUCAUGGUGUUCAAAGGGCAUCGCAAGGCAGUCUCCUACGCAAAGUUUGUGAGCGGGGAAGAAAUCGUCUCUGCGUCAACAGACAGUCAGCUGAAGCUUUGGAACGUAGGGAAGCCUCACUGCUUGCGCUCCUUCAAGGGACAUAUCAAUGAGAAGAAUUUUGUAGGGCUUGCAUCCAACGGAGACUACAUUGCCUGUGGAAGUGAAAAUAAUUCCCUUUACCUAUACUAUAAGGGCCUCUCAAAGACACUGCUGACGUUCAAGUUUGAUACAGUCAAAAGUGUCCUGGACAAGGACCGGAAAGAAGAUGACACAAAUGAGUUUGUGAGUGCUGUAUGCUGGAGGGCACUACCAGAUGGG